AUGGUGGAGUACUGGGUGCCGCCGGAGAAGACGUCCGUGGCGAAGAAGAAUACGAAUGGGGGACAAGUGAAUCAGAAUGGGCAACCGAAGAAGAUAAAUCAAGUGUGCCCGACAAGCGCGGCGACCAACGGGAAACGAGCCAUGAAAAUUCCGAAAGUGAAGGAGCCGCGUGGUGGCGACAAUUCGAGCAAGAAAAGCUCAGCGGACCAAGCGCCAAGCCCAUUCCGUGUGAUGUACUGGAAAAUGAGUCAAUAUUUCGAGAAAAUCGGGGAAGCCGUGAACCAUCAAUAUCAGAAAGUGGUCAUGUUCAGGAAUCGGAUGAAGGCGAAUAAAGUCGCACCGAUACAUACAAAAGUCCAAUCUCGUCACCUAGAACUGGAACCCCUUUGCUGUCUGUCGUCUUGCUUGGUCCGUGGCGGAUGUACUACUGUAGUCGUCUUCGAACUCUGCUAUGUGGUAGCCACUGCUCUUUGUAUAUUCGAAGCAAUGUUCCGGAAGAAAUUCGCAUUGUGGGAACCUUUUCCCAAAAGUUUUAAUGGAUGGUUCGCACACCCAUUGUUCUAUUAUACAAUUGCGGUUUAUGAUGUGGUGCUCUUCAUAAUGGCUGUUGCGACCGCCCGUGCGCUGGUAAACUUCGACAAAACCACCCUACAAGUCCACUACAUCUUCUGCAUCUUCUCCUUCUUCAUCAAUCUCUCCUUCCUUAUUUUCAAACAAGCCGUAUCAGCUCUCCACGAGGCAUGCAAGAAACAUGGAAAUGAGUUGGUUUUUGAUAAAGUUCUCAAGCUCCAAGCCCCCGAUGACACUGUUACUGUCUGGGAUAUUGAUGAAAUCAUUAAACUCCACGAAGAGAGUGGAAGAAUCGCUCUUGUAUUGUCCUCUGGAACCUCUGCUCAUUUGAGUUAUGUCGAUGAAUCAGCUCUCAAAGUGUCUGUCACAAGUCCUUCUCAUCAAUCAGCGAUAGUUGAGUACUACCAGAAUCCGGAAGUAUGCAAAAAUCAAAAUGCUUUGGGUAUCCGUUCUAUCCACCUGAAUCUGGUCAAUACGAUGAGGAAUACUACGAAUGAGUUGGUGUUGAAGUACGAGAUUGUCUGUGGCCCGCAGGAAGAGAGAACCGAAGAUCUCCGUGUCUCUUGGAAAACUGAUGCAAACUGUCCUGCUCUUACAACAAUGCCGACACUGUCAUAUCCAACUGUUGCCUUCUACCAAUUCUUCAGUUCCCCUGGAUCUGUUGAGAUUUCUCCUGAUCCCGCAGUAGGAACUCGUCUGGUCUUGGGGUCACGCAUCACUGCUGCAUACUUUUUAAUAGGAAAUGGAUCGGAUUACGAUUUCAAUGUGACAUGUUCGAACCCUGAAGUGAUUCGUGUCUCGAAGCAAACUUCAUCAGUGAGCUUCACAGAUACCAAAUACUCGCUCGCAAUUGUUCACUUCGAGACCCUCAAACCAGGAGCAUCAAAUAUCUCAGUUCAUAUGAAAGGAGGAGCAGAUUUGGUUAUGAUUGAUGGAGUGACAGUACUCCCUAGUGGGGGUUCUGAAGUUAGCAGUAAACCGAUGGAAGCGUUUGAGCACGAGGAGACUAACAAUGAACAAGCCGUAUCAGCUCUCCACGAGGCAUGCGAGAAAUAUGGAAAUGAGUUGGUUUUUGAUAAAAUUCUCAAGCUCCAAGCCCCCGAUGACACUGUUACCGUUUGGAACAUCGAUGAAACUAUCAAACUCCACGAAGAGAGUGGAAGAAUCGCUCUUGUAUUGUCCUAUGGAACAUCUGCUCAUUUGAGUUAUGUCGAUGAAUCAGCUCUCAAAGUGUCUGUCACAAGUCCUUCUAUUCAAUCAGCGAUAGUGGAGUACUACCAAAAUCCGGGAGUUUGCAAGGAUCAAAAUUCUUUGGGUGUCCGAAACAUCCAUCUGAAUUUGGUCAAUAUGAUGAGGAAUACUACGAAUGAGUUGGUGCUGAAGUAUGAGAUUGUCUGUAGCCCGUUGGAAGAGAGAACCGAAGACCUCCACGCCUCCUGGAAAUUCGAUGCAAACUGUCCUGCCCCUACAACAAAGCCGACACUGAACUGGCCAAGUUUAUUCUUCUACCAAUUCUUCAGUUCCCCUGAAGCCGUCGAAAUUUCACCUGAUCAAGCAGUGGGAACUCGUCUUGUCUCGGGAUCUCACAUCACUGCUGCAUACUUUUUCAAAGGAAAUGUAACGGAUUUCGAUUUCAAUCUGACAUGCUCGAACCCUGAAGUGAUUCGUGUCACUAAGCAAACUUCGACGUUGAGCUUCACGAAAACUGGAUACUCGCUUGGAAUUGUUCACUUCGAGACCCUUAAACCAGGAACAUCAAAUAUCUCACUUCACACAGGCGGAGGCAUCUAUUACCAAACAAUCGAUGGAGUGACAGUACUCCCUGGUUUCUCGGAGAGAUGGAAUCAUACGAUUCUGAGACAAGUGGACUUGAAUGAAGGAGAUGCUCAUAUGAUCAAAGUGUUUGUUCAUCACGAGGCAAUUGGAGGAAGAAGGGAGUUCCAUGUGAAUGGAGAUAUGCGGAGCUUUGAUAUCACGACGGGUCUGACGAAUGGAACGAAGAGUUGGCUGUAUUUUGUGGUCAAGGGGAAUAAGGAACCGUUGAGCCUGGAAGCCUCCUCCGACAUCCAUCCACCCUACAAAACCACUACCAACCAGUUGAACCACCAUGUCGCUUCCAUCCCAUUCGACUUCCCCAGGCGGAAUAUUCCCAACGAGAUAAUGAAAGUAAAGCUGACCGGCUCUGGAAUUUCUCAGGAAUACACAUUGAAUAUCACUCUUCUCUCCACUUCAAACCAAUUCGUUCUUGAAAAAGCGAUUUAUAAGUAUUUCGGAAAUGGCGCUGAGUUGAAAAAGAAUGCAACCGUAGUUGGAGCUUACACAAUUGGAGAUGACAAGACUGGAAAUCUUGAACCACCGAAAAAGGAUUCACAAGGAAAAUUGGAAGUCUAUGAGAAUGUUACAGGAUUGGUUGUUGUUGGAAAGAAAGGUUGUGAUGGUUUUGUGGCCACCCUGAAAAAGAUUGACUCUGAAGAAUCCAAAGACACCAUCUCCGUCCAACUUCUCCAAAAACCCGUCGAGAUAUACAAUUUCCCAAGAAUCAUCCAGGACUCUGUCUACUAUUUCGAUUUGCCUUUCCACUCUGGAACAUUCCAAGCAAAACCAGGAAAGUACGUGUUGAGUGUGUUGAAUGCGGAGGCUGAAGAUGAGGGACAUGUGGAUCUGGUGAUCAUCAAGUCGGGAGGGAGAUCGUAUCUUCAUGAUGAAUAA